AUGAAGGGUAGAGGAAUUAGGCCAAACUUGAUUACAUAUAAGUGGUUUAUUCAUGGUUUAUGUGAAGGCAGUGAGUGGGAGGAGGCAAAGCGGUUCUUUAUUGAAAUGGUGGAUCAAGACAUUCGUCCUGAUGUGAUAUUGUUUAAUAUCUUGAUACACACGCUUUGUAAAGAGGGAAAGACCAAUGAAGCACGUGGAUUGUUUAACUUGAUGAUUCAAAGAGGUGAAGAGCCCAAUUCUUUUAAAUAUAUUGUAUUGAUAAAUGGGUUCUGCCUACAGGAUAGGAUUUGUGAUGCGAGGGAGUUGUCUGUUUUUAUGGCAGAUAGAGGCUGCAAGGGAGACGUUGUGAGCUAUAAUGCAUUGAUCAAUGGGUAUUGUAAAAGCCAUAAAUUAGAAGAGGCAAUGAGGCUUUUUAAAGUAAUGAUGGAAGUCCAUGGAGUGACUCCAAAUUCUUUUACAUAUAAUAUAUUAUUGGACGGAUUUUGCAAUAACAAUCGCCUUGAAGAGGCAAUGGAGCUGUUUCACACUCUGGAAAGAUCUGGGCACCCAAUGUAG